ACGCAACGUAUGUAACGGGAACUCGCUGCGGUCCCCUUGUAGCGAAGCGAAGCACUGAAGUUCAUUUUCAUAUCCUGCUCUGCUGAAAGAAAAUUACAACAUUAGAUACUCGCGAUAACCGUACCAUAUGCAGAAUUCAAUAAACAAAUCGAUAAUUGCACAAACAAGCCGUAAUAUUGAGUAACAGAACGGAUAUUGCAAAAAAUAUUGCACGCCCACGCAAAUUUUUGCGGCAGUGCACAGAAAACGAAGACUUCGUAGCAACCACCAGCUGCCUGAUUUUUGCUCGCCAUUGUGUAGUUAACUGUGUGUGUGUGUGUGUGAGUGUGUGCUUAUGCGCGGUGGUGUGCGUGAAAAUCAAUAAACUAAUUCGACGUCGUCGUCGUCGUCGUCUGUUGAAAGGGCAUUUGCCAGCAGCGACGUACACCGUACAUUAACCGGCCAUAUGGCAAGUGUGUUGGUGCAUUGUUAGCAAAUUUCUUAGAAUUAAACGGUCAAAGUGCAAUCGAAUUGACAUUUCUCACUGGAAGAUCUUUAAUUAAAUCUGUAACAACAACAAGGACUAGGAGGCUACAAUUAAGUGAAAAGUGCAAUAUGGCUAUGCAAAAGGAAAUUUCCUGUUCGUUAAUUGCAGUCGUUCUCUGCAGCAUAUUGGGUCAUUGUGAAAUGUCCGUUUACCCAGGACUACGUCGCCGACCCACUCAGCAACAGCUUGAGCCGCAGUACGAGCUGCACUCGGACUUCUUGGCCCAGCUAAUGGAGGAUAAUGCUCGUCGCCGGCUCAACCAGCAGUUCGGACAGCAGUUGGAACUGAUCCGACUAAAGCUGCGGCGUCAGCGCCAGCUGCUGGAGCGCGAGCGAUACCGCCAACGGCAACAGGAACUGCAGAUGCUGGCCGAAUCGGAAGAUGACUAUAACAAUAAUCUGAACAAUCAGCAGUACGACCAGUAUGACAAUGCUGAGGCCGAUGCUGCCUACGGCAGCCCGCUAGAUGCAGAGUUUGACGCACAUCCUUCAAGCUAUAGCCCAGGAUUGAGCUUCAAUCGAAACAGUAUUCUGCGGGAGCGCAUUCCGUUCGCCGUGGGUCCCAAUGAUGCACGCUUCUUCGAUAAUGCCAGCGAUCCGUCCGCCGAGCUUGAUUCCCGAGCCCUCGACGACUACGAGGAGUAUGCCCCGGUAGAGUCCGCUCCAGCAAGAGCAGCUAUGGGAGUAGCAGCAGCGGCAGCAGCAGGAGCAGGAGGAGGAGCUGGAGGAGGCGCAGGAAUAGCCAGCUCGGUGGAGCCGACGGCCAGUAGCAAACAGAUUCCAAGCAAAUUGAUCACCCCGGUUCUGGCCCCGGCUCCCGUGGAGACCCCCAAACUACUGGACGGCACAGCCGCAAAUUUUCACCGCAUUAAGCCCCAAACGGCGGCGGCCGCUGCUGUCGCUGGCGUCAAUCUGGCCCAGCCCAAGGAUGCACAGCAUGAGAUUAGCGCUCUAAUUGACAAGCUGCAGAAGCAAAGCAAGACACCGAUAUCCGCGAUGAACAGCGUGAGUAGCGUGGGCCAACCGGAACCCAAUGAGCAAUUUGUCCUGCGUCAGCAUCUCGGCAUGAACAGCGAGUUUGGCGUCUAUAUUGUGGCGUUAAUAGCGGGCGUUAGUGCGGCCGUUACUGUGGGACUCAUAGCCCUAGGCGUUACCUGGUUCCACAAUCGCACCAAAGCCACCGCAGAUGUGGACUAUCCUGCCUACGGCAUCACCGGGCCCAACAAGGACGUCUCACCCUCGGGCGAUCGCAAGCUGGCCCAGAGCGCGCAGAUGUACCAUUACCAGCAUCAGAAGCAGCAGAUAAUAGCCAUGGAGAACUGUCAGGCCGUGGACGGCAGCUGUGGACUGUCCGAUGUGGAGAGCGACGAUGAUAAUGAGGAGGGUGACUACACGGUCUACGAAUGCCCCGGGCUGGCGCCCACCGGCGAAAUGGAGGUGAAGAAUCCGCUCUUCCUGGACGAAACACCGGCCACGCCGGCCAACAAUUUGACGGUCAGCAACAACAAUAUUACGCAGGCCACGCCCCAGCAGCCGGCAACGCUGAAGAAGGGCACGGUCAAGCCGAAUAUUAAUCUGCUGGGCGAUGAGAAGAAUAAGCGCAAGAACACCAAGAAGUAAAUGAAAGGAUAUGGGACUAACGGAUCUAUGGAAUUUCGUUUCUUCGAUCUUCCUCCAACACUCUCUCUCCCCUCAUCGGUGUUAAUCUUCUGGCAUGCCAUGCGCUGUGGCAAUUGGUAUAGUUUGACUGAUCCAUUGUCAGCCAACAGACACUUACACAUACACAAAGACACACAGAGACACAAUUACACCAAAUAUACUUACAUAUAUGUAUAGAAUAAAUCCUAAAUGAAACGCCCAUGGAAUUUAAUUCCCAGGCGCCAAGCUCUCGAGUGCAAACAAGAAACGAGUUAACUUGCUUGAGUGUGCACAUCUCUUUUAUCUUCCCUUAACUAUAAGCAGUAUCGUGCAUAACACCCACUACUUACAUACUACAUACAUACAUAUGUAUUGUAAUCGCAUCGUAUCGUAUCGCAAUGAUGUAAGUCAUGCUCUAAUUUCAGUCCCCGAACCAAAAAAAAAAAAAAAAAAAAACACCUCUCUGAACACCCGCUGUUGCAUUAUUAUGUACAAGUAAUGUAUAUCUUUGUAAAUCUAUCCGAGCCAGGUGCGGCAUGCAACUUUGUGCAAUACCUACCUACAAAAUGUACCAUACUCCAUAUUCUCUAUAUACCAUAUACUUACCAUAUACGAUAUAUUGCAGUCCGAGUAUUGUCGAGCAUUGCGCAAGCCAAGCAACUGGGUCAUUGCGCAAGCACAAAGUCAAGACAUUGACGCUUCAGCAGCUUCCACAACAUGUCAAUCAAACGCAGUGCCAGUGCCCCGAGCAGAAGCAAACAAUAUACAUACAUACAUACUUACAUACAUACACACACUCAUAUACAUGCUAUAUGCAUAGAGUUAUUGCGAACGACUUAGACCUGAAUGGCACUUGUAUAACAAAGUUCGGAAUGCCUAUUCUCUGACCGGGAAGCACUUGAAUGUUGAAUUGCUUUUGCAACAUCAAAGCCCCCGAUUCUAUGUAUAUACACACAUAUGUAUAAAUGUAUGUAUGUAUGUACUAACGACAUAUAUUUACUUAUGUAUUGACUUAUUGUAAAUUAACCUGAUAUCAAUUUACUUUUUGUGUCUGCAACAAGAAUCAAUUUAUGGAAAUAUUUUAAAGUCUGCAUAUUGGCGUUAAACAAACAAAGUAUAUAAUAGAGACAUACAUAUUAUGUAUUGUAUUAUUAUUAUAAUUAUAAAAAAAGUAUACUUAUAUUUGUGUAAUUAUUGUAACAUACAUACAAGUACAUAUAUGAAAGCGAAUCCAAAACUUAAUUACCUACAUGUGUCCUCUAUUGUAUUGUAAUCUUCUUUUUUAUUCUCUUUUAUUUAUUAUACUACGCUUUGUGAUCUUACAUAUAUUAUCUGUGUCAAUUUAGAAAUACAAUUCUGAUUAAAAAAAAAAAACAAAAAAAAAAAACCAUACAUAUACUAUAUAUACAUACAUUUACAUUAGAUUGGAACAUAAGAAAUUUGUCAAAAACAAAACAAAACAAACAAAAGAGACAAGAAGGAUGUUUAUUUACAAGUACGAAAACAAACGAAUUAACAAUAAUUUCCUGCACAUUCAUGUAAAUUAAAUGAAAACGACUGAUAACACACACACACACACUCACACACGUCUAUUGUACAAAAUGAAAGAAAAACCCGUAAUUAUUGAUUAGUAAAAUCGUAAAAAUUGAGUCUAAAAGAGGAGGAAAAAAGUUCUCGUUUGCACACUCAGAUCAGAACAGAUCAGAUCAAAUCAGAUCGAAUGCUUCAAUAGUGCUCGAAUCCUUUUUCCAUGGAGCGCAUUCAAUUCCUAAAGCUAUAGCUGUAAAUAAACUCGACGAAACAUACGUAUUAUGGUACAUACAUACAUAUGUUCACACAUAAAUAAAUGAACACAAAGAAAACAUUACUGGGAGUUUAAAUAAAAUGAAUACCGAGAGAAAACAAGAACAUAAAACAAUAAUUAUUUCUAUUGAUGCAGAUACUGCAGAGCUAAGCGAACCACACAGAGGUAUUUUUGAUUUUUUCAACAAAAAAUCAUUAAAAAUUUACUUGAAAAUAAUAAGCGCAAAACAAAAAUAUUUGUCAUUUGAGCAUCGAGUAAAAUGUUGAGUUUAAAAAUAUAUUUUAUAGAGUUUUCGAAAAUGGGACUCAGCGGAAACCAAUAAAGCCCAAAAAUAUAAAAAUUCCUACACACAUAUAUAAAGUAUAUUUGUGAAUAAAGAGCAUAAUUUAAUUUAUUUAUGUAUAAUAUCCAUUAUAACACAAAUUAUACAGUAUACAUACAAAAUAAACUAACCUAAAAGCUAAA